AUGUGUAUGGAGGUCCCGCCCCCUCCUGCUGCUGCUCUUCCUUCUCCUCAUUUGCUGCUGCUGCAUCAGCGGCAGGCUGCUGCUCUUGCCGAGCAGCAGCAGCAGCAGCAGCAGCAGCAACAGCAGCAGCAGCAGCAGCAGCAGCAGCUGAUGCAUCCACAUAUGGAGCAGCACCCACGCUUUAGAGACGCAGCACUCUCACACUUGGGGGGGGGCGUGUAUGCAAACCUCAACAGGCAGCAGCUGCCAGCAGCAGCGCUUCACACAGAUCAGGAUAUUCUUAAGGUUCCCAGCAGCAGCAGCAGCAGCAGCAGCAGCAGCAGCAGCAGGUUGACGCAGAUGUACCUGGAGCAGCACAAGUCUGCUGCUGCUGCUUCACGCGGUGCUGCUGCUGCAGCAGAUGCAGCUCUCAGCAGCAGCAGCAGCAGCGGCAGGCCAUCUGCGGAGCGAAUGCUAGUGACCAGCUCUCAGCAGCAGCAGCAGCAGCGGCAGGCCAUCUGCGGAGCGAAUGCUAGUGACGCCUGCAGCAGCAGCAGCAGCAGCAGCAGCAGCAGCAGCAGCAGCAGCAGCAAAUACACUUUUAGAUAG